UCCGCAUCCGGCUGCCUCCCCAGGAGGGGCUCGCUUCCGCUCCGGGCGAGUGGGUUUUAAGAAUGAGGUGGUGGGUCCGGGCAUUCUUGCCUGACCUUUAACCUUGGCGGGGACGGGGGGGUGGGGGCGGCAGGGAGCACCAUUCUCCGGCGCGUGGUCGGCCGGGGCGCGCGCGGCGACCGUUGGUCGGGGUGGCGGUGUGGCCGCGCUGCCGGGGGAAAUGUCUGAAAAACUGAGAAGAUGCAGAAAGGAGCUGACUGCGGCCAUUGACCGGGCCUUUGAAGGCAUCAGUCAUUGCCAGGAGUGCUCGGGCCGGCGGAGGUUGGAGCUGGACGCCGCGCCGCUCCCCUUCCCCCUCCCUGGGCCCCGGCUGCUCGGCAGGAGGCACCCGCGGGCAGCCGCCGCCUCCGCUGCUCCUUGCAUUCCAGUCCCGUGUGCUCUGGAGAACGAGAGCCCUGCCUUUGCUCCAAACCAUGCCCCAGGGAAUGCAAAGCCACAUGCCUCAUGCCCGAAAAGAAAACCUCUGACCAGUAAGGAAAACGUAUUGAUGCAUUCCUCCGUUUUGGCAGCCGAAAGACCGUUUUGGAGAGCCGCAGGAGAUGGGGAGAAGUGGAGAAAAGACAGCCUAAGGAAAGAUAUGGAGAAAGAUUUGAAGAUUGACUCAAACAUGCCACUCAGCAAUUCUAGCCAAGAGGUCACAAAGGAUCUGCUUGAUAUGAUCGACCAUACGAGCAUCCGAACUAUUGAAGAGUUGGCUGGGAAACUAGAAUUUGAAAACGAGCUGAACCGCGUGUGUGGUCGCUGCGGAGAUUCGCCCUUCAGGGAGGAAGCCUGGGCCUUGCUCGUGGACGAGAGCCCUCCGAAGGCCCUGGAUAGCGGCUCCAGCAGCCUCAAGCAGGCUUUCGAUGAUCACAGUAUCGUGGAGACUGUGCUGGACUUGGAAGAGGACUACAAUUUGAUGACCUCUUUUGAAUACCAGAUUGAGUAAGGACCGCUGGCCGGAGCUUGGGUUCUUCCCAGCAGGAGGCUGCCGUUGAGGCAGUGGUCAGUGCCACUGGGGGCCACUGCCACGUGGCUGGCAGGCUCGGAGUUACCCCCCCUCUUUAACUUCUACUUGUGUCCCUUUUUAGGCUGAAAGCCCAAUUUUUUUUUUCUAUUACUUUGAAUUGUUUCUUACUGUUGAUUCUUUUCACUUUUCUUGACAUCUCAAAUGUGUUUUUUGACUGAUGUUUAAUACACCCAAGUACCCAAGGCGGGUGCCGGUCAUAGGCCUC